AUGCCGUCCAUGCUCCUCAAGUCCUUCACGCUGGCACUGGCUGCAUCCUUGGCGAGCCUCGGCCUUGCCGCACCGAACCCCGUGGACACGGCGAGCGCAGCGGGGGCCGCGGCUGAUGCGUACAGCAAUGCCGUCUUCUUCUCCAACCGGGGCAUAUACAAGCAGAAAUACCAGCCACAAGAUCUCCCGCUCUCCGACAUCACCCACGUGUUCUAUUCCUUUGUGGGCGUCCUGAGCAACGGCACGGUCGUUUCCGUCGACCGUCAUGCCGAUCUGCAGAAAAAGUAUCUGCACCACGCCUGGGAGAGGUCGGGGACAAACGCGUACGGCUGCGUCAAGGAGCUCUACCUACUAAAGAAGCAUAACCGAAUGACCAAGACGAUACUGUCAGUUGGCGGCUGGGGCUCGUCCAGGAUCUUCCGGGCCGUGGCGGCUACAAAAACUGGCCGGGACGUCUUUGCCAAGUCGGCCGUCGAAUUCAUGAAGGACUGGGGAUUCGACGGUAUCGACAUCGACUGGAAAUAUGCCGAGAACGCAAAGGAGGCCGACGACAUGCUCCUCCUUCUCCACGCCAUUCGAGAUGAGAUGGAUCGGUACGCGGUAAAAUUUGCUGCCGGUCACCACUUUGAGCUCUCAAUGGCCGCGCCAGCCGGUGCGGACAAGUACAAGCAUUAUCGUCUCGGCGAGUUAGGCCAGCUGGUCGACCGCAUCAAUCUCAUAGCCUACGACUUUGCCGGCAUCUGGAGCAAGACGAGCGGGCACCAGGCGAAUUUACACGCCGACGGUAAGCAAGCAGCGUCGGCAUCCGUCGAGGGCGCCGUGCGGCACUACCUGGAUGCGGGCGUACCGUCGAGCAAGAUGCACCUAGGCAUGCCCACCUACGGCCGGUCCUUUGAGGCAACGAGCGGCAUCGGCAUGCCCUUUACCGGUGUCGGCAAAGGGAGCUGGGAACCCGGCAUGUGGGAUUACAAGGUGCUACCAAAGUCGGGCGCCACCGUUCGGUUCGAUAACGUCUCGAUGGCGGCCUAUAGCUAUGAUGCUGCCACUAACGAGCUCAUCUCCUUCGACACGACCCAGACGGUGGAAGGGAAGGUUGCUUACCUCAAGUCCAAGGGACUCGGUGGCAGCAUGUUCUGGGAAGCGUCGGCAGACCGCAAGGGCAACAGUUCCCUCGUAGGCGCAAGCCACCGGGCGCUCGGCAGGCUCGACACGUCCCAGAACUGGCUCGAAUAUCCGGACUCGAAAUACGACAACAUCCGCAACGGCAUGCGAGAUCAACCGGCAUGGCAGCUUAGGCAGGUGGGAGCCUAA